UUGUGUAGGGAAGCUGCAGUGAGUCUAUGCUAGGUCCAUGGGGCUUUGUUUGGUGCAGAGGGAGGAAGGGGAUGCCCACCUCUGCAUUGGCCCAAAGGAGGCAUAUGUCAUCUGCGUAUGUCACCAGCAGGAUGCUGUUCUUAGUGUCUUUGAGUGCUACAGGGUUUCUUGCCAAGCCAAUCCUAACCCUGGGCCCUUUUCUCAGGAACUUCAUCUUGGACCCCUUGCACACGGCUUUGGAGUUUCUUUUCCUGGAAGUGACCAAGUGCAGGGCCACCAGGACCCCUGCCCACCUGAUGGCCAACACAGAGGCCAAGUGGAGGGAGUUGGGCUCCAAAAGAAAGAGGAUGCCCAGGAACAACAGCUCUUUGGUGACCUUUGCGGAUGUGGCGGUGUAUUUCACCGAAGAGGAAUGGAAAAUGUUGACGAAGAAGCAGAAACUUGUGUACAGUUCUGUAAUGAUGGAGAAUUAUGACAAUGUAGCCUCUGUGGGUAAGGAACCUGAAUCCAUUGCACUUCCUGUGAAGACUGAGGGCCCUUCAUAAUUCACUGUCAGAGCGAUAUGACUUGCUUCCAUUGUCCUGUGUCCUUUUCUCUGGGACAGCAGAAAGCAAGCCAGCUUCAUCCUGAAUAGGACAUCUCUUCAAAUAUCUGAACAGGGCUGUCAUAUCCAGUCUUAACCUCUUCUCCAAGCUAA